AUUUAUUGGUGGAUAACGAAAAUGGCAAAAUGAGACACUUAUUGGUAAACGGAGGGAGUAUUGUAUAUGCAUACUACGAUAAACAAGAAUUUAAUAGCGCAUGUGGUUUGCAACCACAUGUCAGGUGUUUGAAUCCCGCUACGAACGCGCUUUGCUUGAUUUUAGCUGGUUGAAUUUGUAUAGAUAUUAAUGAUUGUUUUCUUCACACCAAAUCUGAUUAUAUUAAUUCAUUACUAUCAAUUAUUUAUAUUAAUUCAUUAAUAUUAAUAAUGGCUUUAAAACAGCGCAAAAUCUGAGCGUAUCACCUUUCCUUUGGCCGCGUAUUCGGCGGUGCCAAUGUCAGGGACAAUGUCUUUUGGCCCAUAGAUGGUUGGCCGCUCGAGCGGAUGAUCCCGUCCCGUCAAGCAAUGACUUAUUCAGCGAGUCAUCAUAGGUUGCAGGUCAACCCAAGAGGACGGUCUACCCACUACUCUUGCGAAGAUUUGGGUCUCUGUCGUGGAGGACCCUGUUAUGCCGAGUAAUCACACACGGAGGGGUUAUGGAAUCGUAUCAGGGAAGGAUACGUUUGACCAGAUAAAGACCGCCGCCUCCAAAUUCAGCGGCAUCUACGAGAACAACAUCCGCUCGAUGACCAUCGGCCAGAGAGUUCCCCAAAUUUCAGAGGGGUUGGAGGCGGGUGGCACGAAGCGGACGAAGCUUCGGGUUUCCGGCACCUAUAGCAGCAGCACUGGCAGUAACUCUGUCGACCUCAUAGACAAUGCCGAUCCAAAACCUUACCCAGUUCCUUGCCUCUGGCGUCCUAUGGGCCAAAAAGGGCGACGCGGAUGUCGAAAGCACUUCCAGCAAGUCUGCGGAAGUCCAAUCGAGCUCGGCCGCUUCGGAUCUGUCCCAAACUGUCAAGAUCCAAGUGUCGAAGCACCUGUUGGACAUGGUAUCACGUUGGCCGAGACAACCGACCCGUCAUUAAGAAAGAUACGCUCUUGUCAAAUGAUGAAGCGCAAUAUGAGGUUGCCCAUCGAUGGGGAUGCAUGCUAGUGAUGAUGGGGAGGAUGCCAACGAGUGAGCCGAGCGGCGUGUAGAAGCUGGUAGAUGGUUGUUUUUUUAAUUGUACUAGAAGUUUUUUUUUCAAUUUUA